AUGGCAGAUGCACCUCUGUACAAGCAGCGCCGCAGGUACACCAAGGAGCUCCACGACGUCGACCUCCACGGAAACCACAAGCUCCACGUCGUUUGCACAAGCAAGGGUGAAGACGUGGAUAAGAUGCUGUCCACGCUCAGGAGGAAGCUCGGCGGAAUGCCCGUCAAACUAGUCGGCGUUGAUGUCGAGUACACGCACUACAUGAAACCACAGCGGGCAGCAGUGCUCCAGCUAUGCGCAAAAAACGAAUGCCUUGUCUACCACAUCUCUUCAGCUAAAGACAGGCCAAUGGAACUAGACAAAUUCCUCAUGAAUGGCGAGUACACCUUCGUCGGAUUCGCCAUUGAAGGAGACAAAAGCAAGCUGAAGCUAUCUGGUUUGGAGAUCAACUCCGACAACUACAUUGAUAUUCAGGUGGAAUGGAGAGACCCAUACAAUAAAAAGAAGUUUGACUCUUUGGCUGAUGUUGCCGGCAGGAUGAUAGACAUUCACUACCAUGACAUGAAGAAAAAAAAUUAA